UUAGAACAAUCGCGAGUCAAGUCUCUUCAAUAAUUUCUGCAAAAAAAUGUCUCUAGCUGACGAAUUACUCGCCGAUCUCGAGGACGACAAUGACGAGGACGUCGAAUUGGAGGAUCUUAUCAAAAAGGAACCCGUUCUCGGCGAAAAUGAAGAAGAGGAAAUCGAAAUGCCGCUCAUCAAGAUGGAAGUUGAUGUUAAUGUCGCUUCAAUUCGAGAUCUUUGCAAAUUACGGGACUCCACGAGACUUGCAAAGGUCCUCGAGCAAAUAGAUCAUUACGUGAAAAAUCCGAGAAAAUCCUCUGACAUGCUUGGGAAUGUGGAGCAAGACCCCGAAUAUCAACUCAUUGUCGAAUCGAACAACAUUGCCGUGGAUAUUGACAACGAAAUCUCGCUCAUCCACAAAUUCACGAAGGACAAAUACCAGAAACGCUUCCCCGAAUUGGAUUCGCUCAUCAUGAACGAGAUGGACUACAUUCGGGCCGUCAAGGAGCUCGGAAAUGACGUGGAACAAGCGAAAAAUAACGAAAUUCUCCAGAAAAUUCUCACACAGGCGACCAUCAUGAUUGUCUCGGUUACGGCAUCUACGACGCAAGGCACAAAUUUGAACGCCGAGGAGCUCUUGCAGAUACGAGAAGCGUGCGACAUGGCAAUCGAACUGAGCGAAUUCAAAGUAAAAAUCUUCGAAUAUGUCGAAAGUCGCAUGACAUUUAUCGCGCCAAACUUGUGUGCGAUCGUUGGAGCGUCAACGGCAGCGAGAUUAGUGGGUCUCGCUGGUGGAUUGGGAAAACUCUCGAAAAUGCCGGCAUGCAACGUUCUAGUCUUGGGAGCGCAAAAGAAGAUUUUAUCGGGAUUUUCGAAAGUUGCGAUGCUUCCGCACACGGGUUUCGUUUAUUAUUCGGAAAUUGUUCAAGAUACUCCGCCAGAUUUGCGGAGGAAGGCGGCGCGAUUGGUAGCUGCAAAAUCCACUUUGGCAGCGAGAGUUGAUGCGUGUCACGAAGCACCGUCAGGAGUAAUUGGACAAAAGUUUCGCGAAGAUAUCGAGAAGAAAUUAGAUAAAUUGCAGGAACCACCUCCAGUUAAAUUCAUUAAGCCAUUGCCAAAACCUCUCGAAGGAGGAAAGAAGAAACGAGGAGGCAAAAGAGUGCGAAAGAUGAAGGAACGUUACGCGAUGACAGAGUUCCGGAAACACGCGAAUCGCAUGAAUUUCUGUGAAAUCGAAGAAGACGCUUAUCAAGAAGAUCUCGGCUACAGUCGUGGAACAAUCGGCAAAACGGGUACGGGACGAAUCCGCUUGCCGCAAGUGGAUGAAAAGACAAAAGUUCGUAUCAGCAAAACUCUACAGAAAAACUUGGCAAUUCAGAAGCAAGUGUGGGGCGGAAGUACGAGCGUCAAGCGACACGUGUCCGGAACGGCCUCCAGUGUCGCCUUCACUCCGUUACAAGGCUUGGAAAUUGUCGCGCCACAGGCAUCGGAAGCCGGCACCAAAACCGAAGCCAAAUAUUUCUCAAACACCUCUGGAUUCUUGUCAGUUGGAAAACGAACGACUUAAAAAAAAAUUGUUUUUUUAAGAAAAAAUUCACAACCAACAUUUUUUUUUAUUAUUAUUUCAAAAAAAUUUAAUUAAAAAAUGAUUAAAAAU